UUUAACUUUAGUUCUGAGAUCAUCGUGGUCAAUGUCCAUCCAUAAUAAGCAUUUGGUGGAAUAUGACCAUCCUAUCAGAAGGCAAGGUGACAAUGGACUUUGAAGUUGGUUUUGACAGCAGUGGGAGUGACUCUUCGUCUUUGUAUAAUUCCGACUCCGGAGUCAGUGUGGAGACUCCGGCCUCAUGUAACACAUCGGCGGCCUUCAAUUUCGAACGUCCAGAUGAUGCUGAAUAUCUAUACUGUGAUCUACUUUCUUUCUAUGAAACACAUUCCGUGACAGUUAUACAGGCGGUACAGUGUCUUUCUAAUGUGGAUAUUGACAUCAGUCGUAACGCAUGUACUUAUUUAUUCAAUUUAUGCAGGUGUGGAUACGCGUCAUUUAUCGCCCGUAUAUGUCCAGAUGUUUUCUACAAUGUAAAGAUACCUGUAUUUUGCCCUUCUUCUAGUAAGUACGUAGAUGUAGUUCAUUGCAUGAGCGGCAUUAUAAACUAUUUUUCACAGUGUCCAGAUGGACUGGUCAUGAUAGUGCACAAUGGAGGGCUUGAUGUCAUUAACGGGCUUCUGCUUUUCCCUUUUGAAUCUGUCUUAUACUUCUGUGUGACUGCCCUUCAUAACAUAUUACUAAGUCACAAAACAGCUAAAGGUCUCAUUAAUCGAACAUGCAUUUCUAAUCGUUUAAUAAAUCUUCUAAAUUAUUCUGUUGAGCACGUAAAAUCAGACACACCGUAUUCAUUAACACCAUCAAACUUUCAGAAAAGUAUCAAUCCAAAGUUCUUGGCAGUUCUCUGUGAUUGUUUGUAUAUAUUAGCAUACAGAUCUGAAAGCACGAAAAAAACGUUUAAGGAACAAGGUGGACUAUCUUCCCUUCUCAAAGUUAUCAUGAUCUCGACUUACGAAAAAGUUUUAUGGACGGCUACCAGACUUCUUCGAGUUUUGUCUGCAUGGAUUCCCGUCAAAUGUGAAAUAAUUGCUCAAGAUCCACAUUUGGAUUUCUUUACUCAUUGUUUAGAAUGUCACUCAUCGCGAGUAAUAACAAACGCCCUAUGGACUAUGAGGAAUCUUUCAGAUAUCGCCGUAAAUAAUAUAACAUCGGAUGUCUCCGUUAAUGUAGUAAGACAGCUUCUUCAUCAACUGAGACUCAACAUAUGUAGUGAUAGCUAUGGAGCUUACUAUUCAACCAAUACUGGAGGUGAUACUCCUAUGUCCCGGUGUGUUCUAGGAGCACUAGCAAAUUUAACAUGUAGGAAUAAUGCUGCAAAGUCCUACGUUGUUCGGCAUAACGGAAUUGAUUUAAUCAUGCAAAUAUUGUAUAGUGAAAUAAGUGGACAAAAAAAUUAUUAUCAUACAUUUUGUGAUAAUCUUAGUCAAUCUAUGUUAAAUAUGUCUAUUCAAUGUAAAAAUGAUAAUGAUCAUUCUAAUAUAGUUAAAAAAUGUUUAAAUAAAUUACAUAACAAUGAUAAUAAUAAUAAUAAUCACUACCAUGUAACAAAAUCUCCAAUCAUAGCAACAACAACGACAACAGUAUCCUCAUCAUCAUCAAUGAUCAAUAAUCAAUCAAUAAAACAAAAAAAUGAAUUACAUUUAUUAAAUCACUUUUCUUCUUAUAAUAAUAAUAAAUUAAAUAAUUUAUUAAAUAUAUCAAUAUUUAAUUCAACAUUAGAUUUAAUUGAAGCAGGUUUACGUUGUUUAUCACAUUUAACAAUUGGACAUAUGGAAUUAAUAAAUGUUUAUCAUUAUUUUAUACAUCAACGUAUUGCAUCCAAAUUAAUUAUAUCAAUGGGUAAUAUAUAUUUACCAUUAUUAUUAUCAUUUCCAUUUGAUCAAUAUAUUAAUUUAUAUAAAGAUACUACUAUUAAUACUACUACUACUACUACUAAUAAUAAUAAUAAUAAUUGGGAAUUUGAUUGUUUAACCCAAAUACUUCAAUUAACAAAGACUUGGACUAUAUUAGUACGAAAUUUAUGUAUAAAUUAUUAUAAUAAUGAUGAAUUCACAUCUAUAACAAAAGCAAAUUCAUACGAUACAUUAUUAAAUAAUAGUAAUAAUAAUAAUAAUAAUACAAAUCUAUGGCCUAAGCAUUUACGUUCACAAUUUCGUCAUGGUAUUCAUAAAUUAGUACAAAAUUUAAGGCAUUUAAUAAAUACAAUUCCUCGAGAUUUACAACCAAAAGAACUUAAACCUACUAUGGAAUUUGUUCAUAAUGUAUCAAUGACAUUAUUCUCAUUGAAUAGCAAUAAUAAUAAUAAUAAUAAUAAUAACGGUCAUAUUAAUAACAGUACCACUACCAAUUAUGAUAGUCAAUAGAAUAUUGGAUCCCUUAGUAACACUUCAUUGAAUAACUUUGAAACAACUACUAUGACUAAUUGGUAUUUCAAUGGUGCAUGAUCCUUUAUUCCUCCCCCCCCCCUCUUUUUUUUAAAAUCACAUUUAUUUUCAUGUUUUUAUUGUUGUUGCUUUGACUGAUAUUAUUCAUUCAUCUACCUCAUUCUAUUUAAAUAAUGUUUUAUGUUACACUAAGCUGUUGCCAUAUAUAUAUGUGAAGCAUAUAUGGGGUUAUACUCAUUUCAUUCCUACUACAUUUAUAUACCAGUGCAUUGUAUUCAGAUAGGUAUUACAAAAUGAUAAAUACAUUACUCAAUUAAACUAUAUAUAUAAACACAUAUGAUCUACCUCAAUUUUAUUCAUGGAUUACUAUUGUCAUCAUUAAAUGAAUAUAUGAAGAGUUGUUUAUAUACAUAUAUUUGUUUCUAAUAACUUGGUUUCAUCGAAUAACUGUUUCCAGUCUUCAUCAUCUUGUUCUAAUUAUUCUUCUUCUAUCAUAUCAAUCUUCUUCAUACUAUGAAUAUCAUCAAUUCUAUCUUUACCUCUUAGAGAUUUAUAUCUUCAAGAACAUUCUAUUUUGUUUCAUGUUUAUAGAUCUUGUUUCAAUCUUCCUUCUCUCUCUCCCCUCCCUCUCUCUUCUUCUUAUCACUAAUCUAUCUCUUUUUAAAACAUUCUAUAUGUACAUAUGAGUGUAGAUCUUUUAAUGUUUACAAGAUCUUAUCGUUUUCAUUUUAUGUUUUUUUUCUUCUUCUCCUAAUCACUAUCCUAACAAUCAUCAUCAUCGUUGUUUUAUUUCAAUCAAUCUCUAAGAAGAAUACUAUUACUGCUGCUGCUUCUACUGUUGUUAUGGUUGUUGUUUUUGUUCCUAUAGUCACUAUCAUCUUAUUGUGAAUAGUGUAAUUCUUUAUUUUGAAUUUUUCAAUCCUAUUCAUCUUUAUUAAUUAUAUACAUAUUUCAUUGUUCUCUCUUUCUCACAUUCUAGUUUAUACACCUAUAUUCAUCAAGUAAUAAUUCGAUAGAAACGAAGAAAGAGAUGAUGAUGAUGAUGAUGAUGA